GACAACCACUUUUAUCGAAUCUCAUGGAAGACAAUCUGUCCAUUUCUUCUCUUCUACAACUUCGUCUUUUGUAGAAUAUCCUCAAUUAUCACGUCUCACUUCUAUUUCUAUACACUCUACAACCAUGACGAGUUUCCUAGGUAAUAACAAAGGUCUGGUCGACUUUGACCAGAAAAGCCUCACGAUUGCGGCAGCAUCUAUUGCCUUCAAUCCUAUCUUCUGGAAUACCGUCGCUCGUCAAGAAUACCAUAACAAAAUCCUCACGAAACUCUUCAAUGGAAACUCAAGAUAUGGAUGUUACUUCCUCGCCGUCACCAUCUUUUCCCUCGGUAUCUUCCGCGAUUUUCUCUAUGAACGCGCUCUUCGCUCUCAACCUACCCAUCCAUUACUGCUCUCUCCUCUUGUCCAAUAUGCAUCUUACGCCCUCCUUGCUGCCGGCAACACACUCGUCUUGAGUUCCAUGUGGGCUCUUGGUGUAACAGGUACAUAUCUCGGUGAUUAUUUUGGAAUUUUGAUGGACAAGAUGGUGACGGGCUUCCCGUUCAAUGUCAGUAGUGCGCCAAUGUAUUAUGGAAGCACAAUGAGCUUCCUUGGUACAGCGCUUCUCUGGGGGAAGCCAGCUGGCAUUUUACUCACGGUCGAAGUGUUGGUCGUUUAUCUUGUGGCACUGAGAUUUGAGGACCCAUUUACAGCAGGUAUCUAUGCCAAGAGGGAAAAAGAGAGGAGUGGCAAGAAGGGUAAGAAGGGAUUGUAAAUGAUUUGUGAGAGUCGGAAAGGACUAGUUGUAUAGGUGUGAACGGACAUGGCACAAUGCGGGGAAUUAAGGUGUGAAACCGGGGAAGUGUGGAUGCGGGGCAGCAAGUGGCAUGGGGUAGUGGACGUAGAUCAUGGCGACGGCUAGAAGUGACAUAGUAUUCUUGCCAUUUUUUUUAAUAAAAAAAAGAGAGAGUCGAGCGAUAAAUUUCACAUCAGGGGCUUAUUUCAUGGGUACGGAUUGAUGAUUGAACGAAGCAUAUACAUUCGGAAAAUGGGUUAUCAAAAACGGGGUUCAACAAUGGACAGGAUUGGUUGGCAUAGAUAUCAACUACUUUGCAUCAAAAGCGUUUUACGGUAGGAAAAAGAAAACGGUGUACAUAUUUAAGAUCUUUAUAUUUAUCUUUAUAUUUAUCUUUAUAUCUAUUAUA